AUGGACUCCAGUUAUCCAUUUGCUCCGCCCAACUAUCCACCGCAACCUCCCCCGCAGAGUCCCGGAAUGCAGUCGCAACAGCAAUCCAACUAUGGGCAGCACCACAUGAUGCCCCAGAUGGCCUACAACCCGCCGCAGAUGGGCCAGCAAUAUGGUAUGCCCAUGCCUUACGCGUCGCAGGUCGCGUCGGCAUCACAGGCUGCCAUGUCGGCUGCCAGUGGCUAUCCGGCAUACAGCAUGUCGGAUCCAUCGUUGGCGGGAUCAAUGUCGCAAACAUCGCCGCGACUGGGCCAUCUCAAAUCCGAUGGAUCGAUGCAGAGACCGAGUCCACAAUCGCCGGCACAGCAGAAUCAGAUGAGUGUACCAAGCACCAUGGCAUCACAAUUGAGCCUUCCGUCCGCACAACAACCGAUGGCGAGCAAUAUGACGCCUCAGAUGCACCAUGCACAACGUAGGAUGUCCCACUCGGUUAACAGCCCUGCGGUUCCCUCUCAGCCACCCAUGGGCGCGUCGCGGCCUCCCACGCAGUCGCAACAAGGACCGCCAUCGCAAGUACCUCAAGGCCCUCCUCAACAAUCGCCAGAGGUUCCAGUAUCAGCUGCGAACGAAGAGUCGCCAUUGUAUGUGAAUGCAAAACAGUUUCACCGAAUUCUUAAGCGGCGCAUGGCACGGCAGAAGCUGGAAGAAGCUCUAAGGUUGACAUCCAAGGGGAGGAAACCGUACUUGCAUGAAUCAAGACACAACCAUGCUAUGCGAAGACCUCGAGGACCAGGUGGAAGAUUCUUGACUGCAGAGGAGGUUGCAGCGAUGGACAAUCAGACCGGCGACGCUCCGACCCAUGAAGGUGACAUGAACGGUGGCAUGAAGAACGGCACGAAGAAGAAGAAGACUGACACCGACGAUGACGAAGGCUAA